UAGCGGUUUGAUCCAAGUCAAAAUCCCUAAAUCUGAAAUGGUGGAUACCAAGGUAGAAACUAUAGCACGACUCGCGCAGUGGAAAAUCGAGAGCUUCGGCCCUACCGUUCCUUACAGAAGAUCCGAUCCCUUUAAAAUAGGCAUAUGGAACUGGCAUUUAUCAGUGGAGAAGAGCCGCGCCAUCUACGUCCGCCUCUUCCCCGAACCGUCUCGUGUUGCCAAGGAUCAGCCGCCUAUUGCUCGCUUCGUCGUCCGUGUCGCCAACGCCGCCCGUCGACUCUAUAUCUCCCCUGUUCAUGAGAGACUACUUCGCACAAGCGAUGAUUUUGCGUGCCUCAUCGAUAUAAACAUCCAAGGUCGUUUUGUUAUUGAUGUCGAGUUCUUGGACCUUAAGAUCUGCCCACUGAAUUCCCAGGGUGGAGAAGGCAGCUCAAUAUGGCCUAGUGAAGAAACGGUGCGGAAUCUGGCAACCCAGAGCACUCUCAAAUCCCUCUCCCGCAUGCUCAACGACUCCCUUCUCGCCGACAUCACCAUCAACACAGCAGACGGGAAGCUACACGCCCACAGGGCGAUGCUCUCCGCGAGCUCCCCCGUCUUCCACAGCAUGUUCCUUCAUGACCUCAGGGAGAAAGAGUCUUCAACUAUCGAAAUUGAAGAUAUGACAUCCGAGUCGUGCACUGCCCUCCUCAGCUACAUCUACGGAACUAUAAACCAGGAGGACUUCUGGAAGCACCGCCUCGCACUGCUGGGUGCUGCCAACAAGUACGACAUCGCGGACUUGAAGGAAUCAUGCGAGGAGAGUCUUCUCGAAGACAUCAACUUGGGGAACGUCCUCGAGAGGCUGCAGGAGGCGUGGCUCUACCAGCUUGACAAACUGAAGAAAGGGUGUCUCACGUAUUUGCUCGAUUUUGGGAAGAUAUACGACGUUAGGGAAGAGAUGAACGAUUUCUUCAGAAAGGCUGAUAGGGAGCUUGUGGUGGAGAUAUUCCAAGACCUGCUUGCAGUUUGGAAACCAGCUUAAGCAGAGCUCCCUUCUUAUCACAUUAUUACCACAAGCUGUUAUUACAUCACCUAGAUUUGUUGUAACAUCAAUUAGAGCUAUACAGAGUGCAUCUAUAAAUAAUUGCUGUAACGUGUAGGAUCAAAAUCUUGUUCUGUGUAACUUGGGCCGAUUAGUAAGUACAUUGGCUUAGGUUAUUGCAGCUUGUCUCAUAAAUAAGGAUUAUAUUGCUCUUGAA